AACCGUUAUCUCAACGAGACUUUGCUCAGUUGACAAUCGCUUUGUCUUACGGAUGGACCUGUGAAAGAAAGUAGGAACACUCGAACGCGAAAAACUCGUUCUGCUUACACCGAAGCUAAGUGUUGGUUACCAAGGUGACAGGGUCACAAAUCACACUUUGUAAUUAAUAACAUCAAGACUUUUGGGGGAAGACAAAUUUCUGCUGCAGUUAACCCUCAAGCAAGCUCAAAAUACUUGUGGGAGCCCCUCCACAGAACUAACAACAUGAGAACUUUUGGAACAUUUAUCUUUCUAAUCUCCAUUGCGUCAACUCUUUGCGAUGUUCCAAAAGAUUACAUUGUAAACCCAAAUGACAGUCAUGGGUACAAAUUGAUGUAUCAUGCCAAAACAUGGACGGAGGCUCGGGAUGAUUGCGCCAAUGUUGGAGCCAAAUUGGCGGUGCCAAAGACCAGGGAUCAAUUUGAGUUUAUCCAGAAAAUAGUUAGGAGCAUGCAGUACCAGAGUAUUGUGGGCACGGAAUACAAACUCUUAGUGUGGCUUGGCAUUAGCAACCUAAAAAACUAUCAAGUCUGGGCGAAUGUUGACGGUGAAAACAUAGAAGACACAGAAUUUCACACUUGGGCUGGACAAAACGGAUUGAAAAGUGAAAACCCUGCGGAGCCGCACUGCGUUGGGAUGGACUCUAUGAACUUCGGACUUCGCGACUGGUGGUGCCACCAGCGUCAGCCGUACAUUUGCGAAAUACUAACUGUUCAGAAUGCAACACAAUAAAUUAUAAAUAUCUUCCUAUCCAGAAAAAUAUUUAUAUUUUCUGUAAUUCUUUCUAAGUACUGUUAUCUAUCCGUUGAUUGAUUCUAAAUAAACAGCGGUAAAAUACUUGCACGAACGGUAUUAUUAAAACACUUAUACUAUC